AUGGAGCCGCCAAAGGAAGCUGCUCCUGUCGUUCUGUCUGCGGCCAUGCGGGCUAAGAUUGAACGAAACCGACAGCAGGCUCUGAUGCUGAGACAAGCCCGACUGGCGAACCGUCCCCUGUCUGCAGUGGAAGGCGCGACCUCCGCUAAAGUGUCCAAGAUUAUAGACUCCGGGGCUGGCUUCUUCAUCGAGGAAGAGGGGCAUGUGGAGGAAGAGCAGAGCAGCAGGAAGGUGGUGCAGCAGCCUGCGCCUGUGAUUGAGCCAGACUAUUUAGUGUGUGAUGACUGUGAAAAACCCUUCAUGGAUUCGUAUCUCAGCAACAGCUUUGACCUGUCUGUGUGCGACAAGUGCAGGGAUAAUGAGGAAAAGCACAAACUCAUCUCUCGGACUGAGGCCAAACAGCAUUACUUGUUGAAAGACUGUGACUUGGAUAAACGAGAGCCAAUUCUUCGAUUCAUACUGAAGAAAAACCCACACAACCCUCGCUGGGGCGAUAUGAAACUAUAUUUGAAAGUGCAGGUUGAAAAGAGGAGUCUGGAGGUCUGGGGGUCUGAGGAAGCCCUCGAGGAGGCCAAAGAGACCAGGGAGGAGAACAAAGAAGUAAAAAAGCAGAAACGGUUCAACAAAAAAGUUAAAGAACUGCGCAGGGCGGUGAGGAGCAGCGUGUGGACCAAAGACACCAGUGCUCAUCGACACGAGUAUGGACCAGAGGAAGAGGUGGACCCAGAGGAAGACCUGUUCAAGAAAACCUGCACCACCUGUGGACAUGAACUCACAUACGAGAAGAUGUAG